CCCAAAUUGUUGCACGAAUUAGCUGUGUAACAGCUCCAACAAAACCCUAGACCGAACUCCUCUUUCUCUCAUUCAUUUCGCAAUUUUGAUUUAUUUUUAAUUUUUUUUGGCGGUAUAAGGAAAACAUGCCUCCGAAAGCUGCGAAAUCUAAAGAUGCCCCAGCUGAAAGGCCGAUUCUAGGCCGUUUUUCUUCUCAUCUCAAAAUCGGAAUUGUUGGAUUGCCAAAUGUAGGCAAAUCCACUCUUUUUAACACACUUACAAAAUUGUCGAUACCUGCUGAAAACUUCCCUUUUUGUACCAUUGAGCCCAAUGAGGCUCGGGUGCAUGUUCCUGAUGAGCGAUUUGAAUGGCUUUGCCAAUUAUACAAGCCAAAAAGUGAGGUAUCCGCUUUCUUAGAAAUUCAUGAUAUUGCUGGCUUGGUUCGAGGUGCUCACCAAGGACAAGGGUUAGGCAACAGUUUCCUAUCCCACAUCCGUGCAGUUGAUGGCAUAUUUCACGUUCUACGUGCAUUUGAAGAUCCAGAUAUCAUUCAUGUUGAUGACUCUGUGGAUCCUGUGAGGGAUUUGGAGGUUAUAAGUGAAGAAUUGAGGCUCAAGGAUAUUGAAUUCAUGGAGAAGAGGAUAGAAGAUAUUGAGAAGAGCAUGAAGAGGAGCAAUGACAAGCAGUUAAAGAUAGAACACGAAUUAUGUGAGAGGGUUAAAGCAUGGGUCACGGAUGGAAAAGAUGCCCGCCUUGGGGACUGGAAAGCUGCGGAUAUUGAAAUAUUAAAUACUUUUCAACUGCUGACAGCCAAACCUGUUGUAUACUUGGUUAACAUGACUGAGAAAGACUAUCAAAGGAAAAAGAACAAGUUUCUUCCAAAGAUUCAUGCGUGGGUGCAAGAACAUGGUGGGGAGACAAUUAUUCCUUUCAGUGGUGCUUUAGAGAGGGAUCUUACUGAUUUGCCACCUGAGGAGGCUGCAAAAUAUUGUGAGGAGAAUAAGGUACAAAGUGCACUUCCAAAAAUCAUAAAGACUGGAUUUUCAGCAAUUAAUCUCAUAUACUUCUUCACAGCUGGACCAGAUGAGGUAAAGUGCUGGCAAAUUCGGCGCCAAACAAAGGCUCCUCAAGCAGCUGGGACAAUUCAUACUGAUUUUGAAAGGGGAUUCAUCUGUGCUGAGGUCAUGAAAUUUGAAGAUCUCGAGGAACUUGGAAGUGAGUCUGCCGUGAAGGCUGCUGGGAAAUAUCGGCAGGAGGGAAAAACAUAUGUGGUUCAAGAUGGAGAUGUAAUUUUCUUCAAGUUCAAUGUUUCUGGUGGUGGGAAGAAGUAACAUGCAGAUUAAAACGGGAAGGCAAAUGGGCUGGAUUUGAAGAUGAAAUUCCUUGCAUAUUAUCCAAUUUCAAAGCCAAAUAGAGCAUGUUAUGAGAAUAGGUGCACUCCUAUUUUGACAUGAUUAAUCUAAAUUUUGCUUGGGGUGUUUUUAAGGUAAAGUAAAUUUUAUUUACGGUUAAUAAUCAACUGCUUAAGUAAAUCUACUGAGGGCUUUAAGGACUAAGGCGUAGGUAGUUCUUUUCCCCAGGAAAUGCGACUAUCAUUAUUGUGUUUGAAACUUCAGCAAAAGAUUCUGUAUUGAGUUGUGCUGAAUUCAGCA